UUGACAUUCAUCGGUGCAUUGUUUCGCCCAUUGUCCAAGCCCACAACAGCGCGUAUACAAUGCUCCAUGGCUUGCGCUGCAUCAGCAAACCCUCUCAAUAUGCCCUCAACACUUCUUCCAGUCAGGUAACCACAAGCCUCCUACUCCUGCAUCGACGAAGCUUGCAGACAGAACGCUUUUCCGCCUUCACGCCGCCGGAUCCUGCAAAACUUCCUAAACCUAAACCUCGCAAACCUUACAAGCGAAGGAAAUGGCCGCGCCGUCUGGUGAUCCUCACUCUUGUGGGCGGUGGCUUUUGGCUGGCAGAUAAGCAAUUUCAAGCCUCGGCUGUCACACGAUCACUUCGCACCUUCUAUACGGGCCUUUACAUCGGCCUUGACUACAAGAUAAACUUCAGACCGAAUCCUCCUUUUGCAGAUUCGGUCGAGGAUGUGCAUCGCCGGAGCGCGCAACGCAUCUUUAAUCUACUGCGUGAGAAUGGUGGUCUUUACCUCAAGAUCGGGCAGGCAAUUGCCAUGCAGAGCGCGAUUUUACCGCCCGAGUUCCAAAGGAUGUUUGCACGCAUGUUUGACGAUGCCCCCCAGAAUGAGUGGGCUGAUGUUGAGCGAGUUGUGAGGGAGGAUUUUGGCGGAAGGAGUGUGGAGGAGGUAUUUGGCGUGAGUUUUAGCGGUGACCCCACAAAGGGUAUCAUGGAACGGACUGCUAGAGCCUCUGCCAGUGUCGCGCAGGUACAUUGGGCGCGACUGGAAGAUGGUCGCGAAGUCGCAAUCAAGAUCCAGAAGCGCGAGAUUGCCCAGCAGGUUGGCUGGGACCUAUGGGCGUUCAAGAUCGUGAGUAGGGUUUACAGCUAUUGGUUUGAUUUGCCUAUCUACACGCUAGUGCCCUACAUCAGUGAGCGCCUGAUGUUAGAAACGGAUUUCGAAAAUGAGGCCAACAACUCGGAAGAGCUACGGCGAUACGUGCGUGGCGAAAAGCGACUCAGGGAUCGCGUGUACAUACCUACUGUGUACCGCGAGCUCAGUUCUAAGCGCGUUUUGACGGCCGAAUGGAUCGAAGGUGUGAGAUUGUGGGACAAGGAAGGUAUUACUGCACCUUGGUAUGGCGGAUAUGGAAAAGGUAGUCCAGGCGCUGGAGGUACACCUCUACAUGAUGAGCCAUCCGGCAACACAAUAUCACGCAUCCCCACCAACGAUCCAAACCGUGAGUGGCUUAAACCGGACCGGAACUAUUGGAAAGGCCCGCUCGGCAGAGGCGGCCUGGGUCUUAGCCUCAAGCAGGUCAUGGAAAUCAUGGUCGAUCUCUUCUCUGCGCAAAUGUUCCUCUUUGGACUCGUCCACUGCGACCCCCAUCCAGGCAACAUAUUCGUCCGACGCCUCCCCUCUGGCAAACCUGAGAUCGUGCUCAUUGAUCAUGGGCUCUAUAUUCGCAUGUCUUCUGAAUUCAAGCAGCAAUAUGCGCGAUUCUGGAAAGCGCUCCUAGCUUUCGACAACGCCACAAUCAAGGAGAUCGUCAAUUCGUGGGGUGUCAACAAUCCUGAUAUUUUUGCCUCGGCGACGCUACUUCGACCGUACGAAGGCGGCGAUGGUAGCACGACCGCGGAGCUGCGCAAGGACCUUGUGGGCAAGACGGACCGUGAACGCGCCUACGAGAUGCAGAUGAAGAUGCGAGCGGGGAUUAAGCAGAUUCUCGGCGAUGAGACGAAGUGGCCUCGCGAACUCAUUUUCAUCGGUCGCAACCUGCGCAUCGUACAGGGCAACAACCAGUUUCUAGGCUCGCCCGUGAACCGUAUCAAGAUCACGGGUUUGUGGGCCAGCCGCGCUCUAGUCGACAAUCCAGAUAUCAGUUUGGUAGACAGGAUCGCGAACUUAGGACGCCAUGUCAUAUUUAGAGCUGUACUGUGGGGCUCAGAUGUGAUGUGGUGGUGGUUUCGUCUGAGGCAGCUGCUUGGGUUGGGUCGGGGAAUGGACGAUGAGAUCGAGGAGCGGAUGAGACGCAUCGCCAAGGACAUGGGGGUGGAGUUGCAGCACGGUAUUUUUGAAGGUUGAGCUGGAGUCGAAUGCAUGAUGCAGUCUUGUUGACAACAGUUGGCAUAUUGUACUAAUAUUGCGUACAUGGGCUCCCAUUCGUAAGGAGCUGGUAUUUUAAAUUGGGCCAUGCUAGUAGACUCACGACUCUGAUGUUAGACUUCGAUAGAGAGACGAAGCGGCAGAUAGCAUCGCCGCUUAAUUUCUAGAUCAUCACUCAGAAACAUGAGUGUGACAACGAUGUGCAUUUGAAAUAGCGCCUAUUCAAAUAUACGGCGCAAAAGUCUGC